AUGUGCAUCGACUACCGACAGCUGAAUGCCCAGACAGUCAAGGACUCGUACCCUCUUCCCCUCAUUGAUGACAUCAUCGACAGCCUCUGCGACGCCCGGAUCUUCUCAACUCUCGACCUGCGCUCCGGUUAUCAUCAGGUGCGCAUUCGCGCCGGGGACGAGGACAAGACGACCUUUCGCACUCGCUACGGCACCUUCCGAUUUCUGGUGCUGCCCUUUGGCUUGACCAACGCACCCCCGACCUUCCAACGCCUCGUCAACAACGUCUUCAAGCAGGAAAUGGACAAGUUCAUGGCACCCUACAUCGACGACCUCGUCAUCUACUCCAAGAAUGAGAAAGACCAUGAGCAGCACCUCCGUCAGGUAUUGCAGAAGCUCCGCGACCAUCGACUGUACUGCAAGGCGAGCAAGUGUCACCUGUUCCAGACGGAGGUGGAGUUCCUAGGCUUCAUCGUGGGACAGGGCCACCUCAAGAUGCACCCUGCCAAGGCGGACGCCGUCGAGAACUGGUCGACGCCGCAGAGCACAACCCAGCUGCGGUCCUUCCUAGGCCUAGCAAACUUCAACCGCCGCUUCAUCGCCAACUACGCCAAGAUCUGCGCCCCGCUCAACGACGCCCUCAAGAAGAACGGGUUCAAGUGGGGCCCGUCGCAGGAGGAGGCCUUCCGGGAGCUGAAGCGUCGUAUGACACAAGCACCUGCACUCCGCAUCCCUGACCAGCGCCAGCCAUUUGAGGUGGCAACCGACGCAUCAGACCGAGCGAUAGGCGCCGUCCUACUCCAAGAUGGGCAGCCAGUCGCGUACGAGUCCCGGAAACUCCAGGCCGCGGAGCUCAACUACCCAGUGCGGGACAAGGAGGCCCUCGCCUUGAUCUACGCGCUGACCAAGUGGCGCGUGUACCUCCUCGACAAACGGACCACGAUCCUCACCGACCACCGCUCACUGACGAACAUCACCACCCAGAAGACAUUGAACGGCAGAUGGGCGCGAUGGAUAGAGCUCCUGAACGACUACGACCUCGACAUCCGUUACAUCAAGGGCAAGACCAACGUAGCUGCCGACGCCGUUAGCAGGAUCCCUGACUCAGACGCACAGGAGAUCACAUGCGCCGCCAUCUCUACCGCGACGCCGGCGGACCUGGUCAAACGCAUCAGCAACGACAUCGCGGAGGACGAGGAAUUCGGCCCGAUCUACAAGGCGCUGAAGAACCCCGACCAGACACCACCGCCUGCCGUGGCGGCGAAGCUCAGCCGUUUCGGACUCAAUGACGAAGACCUGCUGAUCUACCAGGAGCACCCGGAGCACCCGGAGGACAUACCUCUGCGCUGGUGCAUACCAGAGACGGCACGCGUGCCGCUUCUGGCUGAGUUCCACGACACUCCGACAGCGGGCCACCAAGGAAUUCACCGCACCCACGAGGCGCUAGCGCGCCACUUCUACUGGCCCCGGAUGCGGGCGGGACGUGGAGCGCUAUGUGCGGAGCUGCAAAUCCUGCCAGCGCCACAAGCCGAGACAGGGCGCUGCCCCUGCCUCGACCUCGUCACCGGACUACCCAGGACCAGGACAGGACAGGACGCCAUCGUGGUCUUCGUCGACAGGCUGACUAAACGGUGUCACCUGGCGGCGACUACUAGCAAGUGCACGGGCCGAGACGUGGCUAAGCUGUUCAUCUCCCACGUGUUCCGACACCAUGGACUUCCUGCCAGAGUUGUGUCUGAUCGAGAUCCCCGUUUCACCGGCGCCUUCUGGAAGGAGACCUUCCGCUUGCUGGGGUCCCGACUUCAAUUCUCCACAUCGCAGCACCCGCAGACCGACGGCCAAACAGAAAGGACGAACCGCACCAUGGAGCAGACCCUCCGCCACUACGUCAACUACCGCAUGGACAACUGGGACUCACUCCUCCCCGUGGUAGAGUUCGCCCUUAACAACAGCAAGAGCGACUCCACGGGCCAGUCUCCGUUCUUCCUAGAGACGGGCCGACACCCGAUUAUCCCAGCUACACUCGUCACCCGCCAGGCCAUACGCCGCACGGACACACCUGCAGCCGAGGACUUCGUGGUGCGCCUCAAGAGCAUCAUCACCGCCGCAAGAGACGCCCUCGCCCAGGCACAGGACAAGCAGAAGAGGUACGCCGACCAGCGCCGCAGCGACGACAUCAAAUAUAGUCCCGGCGAUCAGGCAUGGGUCACCGCUGACCUCUUCGUCGACCAGGCCAACCAGCGACGACCCAAGGACAAGCUGAAGCCCCGCUGGCAAGGCCCCUUCACUGUCAUCGACAUGCCGUCGCGCACGACCGUGCGACUCCGGUUCCCCAGCCACGUGCGGGCGCACCCGGUCGUCAACGUCACCAAGACCAAGCCGUGUGUCAACAGCCCGUCAGACUUCAACACGCGCCCCAAUGACGAACCACCACCCCUGCCGGACGGCGAAUCGGACGAAUACGAGGUGGAACGCAUCCUCGACGAGCGAGUCCGACGCGGCAAGAGGCAGUACCUGAUCAAGUGGGCCGGCUACGACAUCAACGACAGCACUUGGAUCAACGAGGACCAGCUCACACGCGACGUGCGUUCACUGAUCAUGGAGUGGCAUCAGGCUUCGCGCAACGCAGCGGCUUGA